UCGCCAGUGCGCACGCGCACGAGCUGCCGGAGCAAGAGAGCAGCGGUCCCCUAGCGGGCUUGGCCGCCAGCUCCCGCCCUCUGCCAGCGUCCACGGCUCCUCCCUCCUCCCGACCUUCUCCCCGGCCAGCCGCGCGGGAGGGAGGCCGAGAUGGCAGAUGAGAUCGCUAAGGCUCAGGCCGCUCGGCCUGGUGGCGACACGAUCUUCGGGAAGAUCAUUCGCAAGGAAAUCCCAGCCAAAAUAAUUUAUGAGGAUGACCAGAAUGGUGAAUUUAAUUCUGCAUUAUUACAUCUAGUCAGAAUCACCUGUAGCAAUCAGCACAUUAUUAAGGACCUGGAUUCAGUGCUUGCACUGGACUGUGGAGACAAGCAGCUGAAACACCACAGAGAAGAGAAAAAGGAAGCAGGAAAUGAGCCAGCUGGCGCUACAGAAGAACUGAGGCUCAGAAAUAUGCUGUAUACCCAGCAUUGCCUAAAGGCUAGAGACCUGGAUGGUACAGUUGUACUGGUAGGCACUAGUUGAAUAGCAGCCUUGAAUGGGUCCACGUUAGAAGAGAAAGUGAAGCUCCUAAAAGAGUAUCUCCAAGAAGAAGAAUGAAAUGGAAUCAAACAGUUGGUAACCCCUGAAAACAGGUGGAAGAUAUUUGGGAAAUGAUAAACUCUCUCAACAAGAAAACAGAAAUGUAAGAAACUUACAGUCCAAAAAUGAAACAAGCUACAAAGGUAGAUUUUAAAUGAAAGUAAUCUAUUUAACCUUGAUCCUAGGAACAUACUCCUUUGAGGAGCACAAGUAUUAAAACCCAGAAAAGGGGAUGUAACUGGAAUAUAUUACCAAUAUAAAAAUAAGACAAUAAUAUAAAUACUGUUCAUUUGAGCUCAUCCUUUAAAAUCAAUCUCUUCCUAUGACUUUUCCAUAAACAGGUAAUUAUGUUAACAGAGGAGAAUGUGAACUGUAUCAACCAUAACCAUAUAUAUGACAGGUGGAGCUGAAAGAGUUCAAGAUGCAAUUAGGAAGGAGUGCUGAGAGGGAAUGGUAGGGUGCAAGGAAUAAGUUUGGUUGUGCCUAAAACUGAUGGAGCAGUAAGGAGAGAUAUAAGCACAUUAUUUAAAGCUAGAAGUAGGAAAAAUCAAAAAUAAUGUUACAACUAUUAAAUAUUGGGAAGGGAAGAAAAGAUGAUGUUCCAUUUGAGUUAAUCCUCAUUUUUCAUAGUGGAGAAGCAAUAGGAAGCAACUGUCUCAAAUUGAUAAACCAAGAAAUAGUAGUGUGUUCAUAUUACUUAGAGGAAUGAAGGUAAAUAAGUACCACCCCCUGCCCCCUGCCACAUACACAAACAAAACCCAGAAAAUUCUGAGUGUUUACCUCCAGAGGACUAGAGCUCAGAAGAAGGGUAGAGCAGAAUACUACCAAGUAUAAGGUGUUUAGAGUUAUUAUUUUAUAAAAAUAUUUCAAUUAUUUAAAUACAUAAAGAGAAAGGAAAGUCAUUAUAGAAGAUAUAUAAGAUAAGUAGCAUGACCAAAUUUUUGUUAGGGAGUUGGAACCAAGCAGAACCCUGCAGCACACCCUGUCACCCCACCCCCAACACUGGUACAAAGGCCCUCUAUGUCCCCUGCCUCUUUGUAGAAAAGCUGAAAUCUCCCAGGCCUCCCUGAAUUACAGAAGAGCAGGCUCAAGCAGUUAAUGAUUAGGACAACAGAGUCGCAGACUCAGGGUCUGAUAUGCAUUCCUGAGUUAUUUUACAGAUACUAUAACUGCCACCAGAGGGAAAAAGCUAACUUCAUAAUGGUCAGAUUGGAGCCGUGACAUAAGCUGCUCCAUCCUGAGCAGUACUGCAUCUAUGGCUAGCACAAUUCUAAAAACUGGCCUGAAGAGAACGGGAUUAACACUAUCACUCAUAAUAAUCUAUACCUUUGUGGGCAGCAAAAUAAUUGUACUUUGUUCUGCCCGUAUAUGUAAGGGGGCAACUAAAACUGUCGGCAAAGAGAUGCCUCAAACCCAUAUCGAUAUCUUUCACUCUAAGACUUCAACGCCAUUUUUCAGUAUAAAGCAAUUACAGAAGAUACAGCUUCGUCCCCAAUCCCAUAGAAAUGGAAUGAUAUCUGACUGGGGGAAUCUGUAAGCAGCUCUUUGCAGGAAACCACUCUCAGCAGAAAAUCCCUUUUCCCUUGUCACUUUAGGAAAGCUAUAUUGUAACUAACCUUAAACCAUGCACCCCCAUGCUCCACUCAUGUCUGGCCCAAGCACACUUUUCAAAUCUUUUGAUCACACAAUACCUUGCCUAACCUGCUGAUUCUUUCCUUAGAUCAAAGAAGAAGAAAUGAAGAAUAAGUAAUUAUCAGAUGAUCAGAUUUCUUCCCUAGCUUCCCCUUUAGUAAUCUCAUGAACAAACUGUGUGAACAAGAUAGCAUCUAAAGAAAGAUCACAAGGAGUUGACAAGCCUCCACGCAGUGGGAGAUGGCUACAAAUUUGAUCCUCUAUCUCAAUGAUUAAUUGAGAUUACUUCUCCUUUUCCCUUUAAGAACUUUCAUGGCUGAGCAGAAUCUUCAGAGUUGGGUUUUGGGAGGACAUGAGUCUGCCUUUCUCCCCAGAUUGCCGGCAUUCUGAUUAACAGCAACUUUCCUUUUGACCAAUAACUGCCUCUCGGGUAUUGAUUUUUGAGUGGCGAGCAGCCAGACCUGAGUUUGGUAAUGGAAUGGGACCUUAUGAAAAAUGGAUAAUGGAGAUGGACAUUUUGAUGGGUACAGAAUUUUUGAAAGGAAGGUAGCAGGGCUAAUUUUAUCCUUAGUUUCUCUAUAGUGAAACUGAGGUUUAGAGAGUUUAACGUGGUAAUCCAAAGAUUUACUGAUAGUAAAUAGGAAAUAUACUGUAGAAGUAGAACCUGAUCUCCCAAAUUUUAAAUACUUUAUAUUCUUUGAGAUUCGCCCUUAGAGCAACAUGUUCCAAAUCCUUUUUUCAUUCUUUUUUGGUGCUUAUUUUCCUGCAAAAUGCAAACUUAAAAAAAUUCACUCUGCCCUUAAAGUGACUCAAUUAAAACCAACUACAUAACAUAUAUCAAGGGAAAGAAACAGUGCAAUGUGGUAACAUAAAGUGUUCUUCCUACUGCAUGUAACUGAUAAUCCCCUGACUCCUGUAAUUCCUUACACCCCGUUGCCUUAAGAUAAAAUAACAAUUGCUUAGAUGUCUAUUUAAUAAAACAUGGAAUUUUUGCAAAGCAAAAGCCAACUUUAUGUUGUACGCAAGAGAUAUUACCUCUAAUAAAGUAAUUCAGAAAGCCUAAAAAUAAAUGGAUGAACAAAGGUAUAAAAGACAAAUGAAAACAAUAAGAAAACAGGAGCUAUUUCCUGAUAUCAAACAGACUAGAAUUCAGACCAAAAGGCGUUGGAUGUUAAAAAAAAACAUACAGUAUGUAAUACUUGUUAAAAUAAAAUGGAAAUUAGGCUUGAAGGUCUCCCAAGCAGACAAAACUAGUUUAGCCACAUAUGCAAAACUCAAUCUAGUUUAUGCAUGUGAAACUUACAUAGGUUCUUGUAAGUGAAUGGAAGUGAAACUUAGAUUAUUUCUUGUAAAGACAUCUGAUAAUCACAAAGGAAACUUAAGUUAUCUUCCUAAAAUGAUAGAAGAAAAUCACUUGUAACCAAUCCCUUGUUGUCUGGAAACCUCCAUUCUAACAACCAAUCACUGUGAGGUUAAACAACUUGUUCAUUCUCACUUUAUAAGCCAUCCUGUAAUAACAAGCCUCUGAGGUUCAUACCACUUUCUGGUUUGAAGUCUCCCUAUUCAUGAGCAGUUUGUUUCUUGCUCAAUAAAAUAUCCACAUCAAGUAAACCUCUCUGAAUUUUCUCUUGAC